CCUUCACAGGGUUAAAGACCUUGGCCAGAGCAGCUGCCUUCGGUAGUGGGCGUGGCAUUUAAAGGGCUGCGUGAGUGAUCUGUACGGUAUGCAGGAUGGGCCAAUCAGCAUCCAGCAGCGGCAGCGGCUCUUCACACUGCAGUAACAGCGGAGCACUCGCGAGCUGCACACGAUCGCGCGUGCGAGGAGUGUUCUGUUCGCCACAUACCGCUGACAGGUUAGACGAGAAUCCGAUGAAAACUAAGGAGCUGCCGACUGUUCAGAAGUGCUGGCGGGACGACUAUAAAGAGGGGAAGACUUCUGUGGAUGUAGGAGUACCUGAGCCGAAAAAACUGAUUUUAAACGAGAGUUCUUCCGGUAAUCAACAUGCGCCUGAAAACUUGAUUUUUCUGAGUCGCGCGACGGACUUCGAGAGUCAAGUUUCGGAUUCCCAAGGCGGACAGAAAGAAGGGCGGGAGGAGAACCAUGAGUGUUGCGUCUCGCCGUGGGACAUGGAAAGAGUGUCAGAAGGUGCCGUGAGUCCAGGCAGAGUUUCGGAGGAAAAUGUGACCCAGUGCCUGAACACGCCAGACUUUCUAGUAGACUUCAGUUGUUCGUCUCCGUUAGCUAAACACAAAAUGACCAAAAGUACGUUGAAACCCUCCCUGUCCGAUCGACGGAGUGGAGAAGGGGAGCAACAAGCUUCAAACCCGUUCCCUAGGAUUAUUCCCAAACUAAUAGUCACCCAUGAUGAUCUAGGUCCUGGUCAGGAGAGUCCGCACAUCACUGAUUUGACACUGAGCAUGGGCGGCUUUUCACUGGACCUGCAUCCCGAUGAGGACUCGCCCUGCUCGGACAGCGGCUGUGGAGGCUCCCCUGCGCCCUCUCUGUUCCACAGAAAACUGUCCAGCUCCUCUUCAGCUGGAUUAUCCUCUGCUUCGUCGUUUGAGGAGUCUGAGGAUGAUUUCACAGGCAGCGAUGUUGAGCCCACCAGCCUGUCCCCCAGUAUGUUCGGCAGUCCUGAAGAACUGGCAGGGGCUAAGUCGUGGAGGAAGUUAAAGACCAUGGUGCAUUGUUCUCCAUUUGUGGUUUCCUUUAAGAAAAUAUAUCCUUGGGUUCAGCUCGCAGGCCACGCAGGUAGUUUCCAGGCAGGAGAGUAUGGGAAACUGUUGAAGAAGUAUUGUGAAUGUGAACAUCAGUGUCUCGAGAAGCUGAUGAAUGACAACCUCCGGCCAUUUGUACCUGGUUAUUAUGGUGUCGUACAGCAGAACAACCAGGAUUACAACCUAAUGGAUGAUCUGCUGACCGACUUUGACUCCCCUUCAAUCAUGGAUUGCAAGAUGGGAAGCAGGACAUACCUGGAGGAAGAGCUGGUAAAAGCCCGUGAGCGUCCUCGUCUCAGGAAGGACAUGUAUGAGAAAAUGGUGGCUGUGGACCCGGGAGCGCCCAGUCCGGAGGAGAGAGCCCAGCAGGCCGUUCUCAAACCUCGAUACAUGCAGUGGAGGGAGACACUGAGCUCAACCGCCACUCUUGGCUUCCGCAUAGAGGGCAUCAAGAAGGCAGAUGGCACAUGCAACACCAGCUUUAAAAAAACCAAACAUAAGGAGCAGGUGAUGAAGGCCUUGGGUGACUUUGUGGAUGGAAACACACAGUUAUUGAGGAGUUAUCUGCAGAGACUAGAGGAGCUGCGCAGUGCUCUAGAGACGUCAGAGUUUUUCAGAACACACGAGGUGGUUGGGAGUUCUUUGCUGUUCGUGCACGAUGCUUCAGGCCUGGCCCGAGUAUGGAUGAUUGACUUUGGUAAGACCAUCCCACUGCCGUCACCCCAAACCCUGGACCACCGAACGCCCUGGGCCGAAGGAAACCGGGAGGACGGGUACCUGUGGGGUCUGGACAACCUCAUUCAGAUCUUUGGUAACAUGCUGCAGGACUCAACCUCUCCCUCACCCUGAUGGAUGCACCGAACAUGCCCGAAGGAUCACGUGUAGGGACACGUUGAUCGAGGGAUCCUUCCUUCUGAUAGGAGGUGUGCAACAGGAUCAGUCCUGAAAUUGUGCUGAGGGAGAGAUAGAAAGCCAACAGAGCACGAGUGGAAAAACUCAAGCUCAUUUUGUUGACUCGGUGCUCCACAAACUCACGUUAGACAUUCCUUUUUUGGACAUGUGGUCUUGCAGAUACACAGAAGCUCCACAACAGUCAAAUUACACUGAUACUGAACCCAAACAGACGGUGAGGAGCAACAGAUGAGAAGCGACUAUCAUUUUUUAAAGGAUGCACAAACAUGAUUAUUCUUUAAAGAACAUUUGCUAAGUCUUUUUUCUCUUUUUUACCUACAAGUUUGAUGAUAACACUAUCACACUAGAAUGUGCUUUCCUUUGUUUUGUUUUUUCCCUUGUAAAUUUCUCUUUGGGGUUCUACGGUUAUGUAAAUAGUGUGUAUUUAAUUUUUUUUUUUUUACAUUUUUAUUUUAUAAUAAUUUAGGUUUUUGCUUUGAUUUUGUUUCCGUAAUCUAAUUAGUACCUCAUUUAUUUCUGAAAGGUGAUCUAACUGCCAAACUACAGGCAGACUGUCAUCUUUUUUUCCUCCCCCUGUGGUCUUCUAAUCUUGAAGUUGAAAGUUGAAAACAGUUAACAGAUUGGCUCAGUCAGAGGUAAAGUUUGACACAAACAUUUUUGCACUAAACUAACCCCUCAUAACGUGGAUAGUUAGACUCUACCAAGAUUGUGUUUCUUCUAUUUACUGAUCAGAAUUAGAUGCAGUGUUUUUUAAAGGGACAGUUCACCCAAAAAUGAAAAUUGUCAUCAUUUACUCACCCUCAAGUUGUUCCAAACCUGUAUGAAUUUCUUUCAAUGUUCUUUAAAAUAUGGUGUUCAGCAGAAGAAAGAAAUUCAUACAGGUUUGGAACAACUUGAGGGUGAGUAAAUGAUGACAAUUUUCAUUUUUGGGUGAACUGUCCCUUUAAAAGUAGCCACAGUUACAAAUAUACAUAAGUGUAAUAGAUAUUUAUAUACACGUGUUGAUGGAAUAGUUUGAUCUGUUUGUUCACUUACUGGUUUUUAAGGUAACCCAUCAGUAACUGACCUGUUUGCAGUGUUAGUCAUAUGGUUUAGUUUCUAGGUUAGCCAAAAAGGCGUUUGAGAAUUUAACCUCCUUUAUCUGCCCCAACAACCUGAUUCUUUUUUUCUUUAAAUACAAAUAGAAUAUUUUUUUAAUUUUUGUAUUGGUUCCCACAAAAGAAUGACCUCUGUGGAGUUGAGCAGCUUCAUUGCGAUCAUGACAUUAUUGCAUGCAUGAAGAACAAAUCUGACAGGUUGAGAUAGUUGAUCUUGCAAACUGUGGUGGAAAAUUUAUUUUGGUGCACAUAAGCAGAUUAUGGCCACUGAUGUCAUCUUGUCGCUGGAAUGCAUUAGUUCUCAAAUUAGUGCUGUGGUCAGCUUAAAAAAAACACAGAAACCAAACUUUUUCCAUCAUCACUUCAUGUUUACUCAUUUCAGAGAUAGACAUAAAAAGAUAAUAUCCUCUUCAAGAUCACAAACAUGGUGUUAAAGUGAUUACCUCACCUGGACGCUUUGAGUUGAUGUUAGUUUACAGAACGCGAUGUUCUACCACUAUUUGUGUAUGUGUUUAUCUUACAGCUUCAGAGAUUGUAUUUUCCAUCUUGAGCGGGUCUGCACAUGGUCUGUUGAUGUGUCUGUCAGUAUUUCCCCAUCUGACUGUGAACAUAAAGUGUCACCCGUUCCUCUGGAGAUCCACUGACUUGUUUACAGAUUAUGUAAAGUAUUAUGUAUCAUUCAAUUUGUUGAAAUUGGUUUCUAACUACUGUAGAUAACAUGUUUUAUAUUGGAAAGAGAUAUAUAUUGGAAACUGGAAGGUGCGUUGCCCUUUUGAGUUGUCUCAGCCCAUUUAAUACAGUUUGAGAUGGCAGUUUAAUUGACACGCUGAGCAUUUGUACUCGCAUCACCUUGAAUCAUUGUUGUCUUCAAAGCCAAUACAAUAAACUGGAACUAUUAUUGUUUAAUAUA